GUCGUCUUGGCUGUGUCACCUGUCCCCCCACUUUUCGAACUUGGGCGCCGCGAGACAACUCAUCUCUCGACCAUCCACCAUGACCAUCACAGCUCCUACAAAGACCGUCGCCGUCCUUGGUUCCGCAUACGGCGGGAUCGGCGCUGCGGCGUCGCUCGCGCGCCGCCUGCCUUCGGACUGGCGCGUCGUCUUGAUUGACCGCAACACGCACGCGAACCACGUCUACCCCUUCCCCCGCUUCACCGUGCUCCCCGAACACGCGCCCAAGGCCUUCCUGCCGCUCUCGCGCGUCUUCGCGAACGCGCGCCUGACCGAGGUGCAGGGCAACGUGCCCGAGUCCGAGCGCACGGGCUCGCCGCUCCCGCCGGCGCCCGAGCUGCCGGCGUCGCAUGCGCACCAGCAAAUCCAGGGUGUGAUCACGGCGCUGUCGCCCAACAGCGUGACCUACGUCCUCGCCAAGGACGGGGCGUACGACGACAUCGACUUGCAGAACCCGCCGGCCGAGCGCGUCGAGACCCUCGCCUUCGACUACUGCGUCUACGCGCUCGGCGGGGCGCUCAGCGCGCCCAGCGACGCGUGGGCCGAGUAUCCCGGCGGCGGGCGGGGAACCAAGGCCGGCGGCGUCGCGUUCCUCGCACGCCAGGGCAAGGUGGUCGAGCAGGCGCAGAGCAUCAUCGUCGUGGGCGGCGGCGCGCUGGGUAUUCAAUUCGCUACCGACAUCAAGGACGUGCACCCCUCCAAAGAGGUGACGCUGCUGCACUCACGCCCGCGCCUCAUGCCGAUCUACAGCGAGGGGCUGCACGACGAAGUCGUGCGGCGGUGCGGCGAGCUCGGCGUCAACCUCGUGCUGGGGGAGCGCGUGAUGUCGUGGCCCACAAACCCCGGCGUGCUCGACGGCACGCCCAAGACGGUCACGACGGACAAGGGCACGUCGCUGUCCGCCGACCUCGUGCUCGUGUGCACGGGCACCAAGCCGCACUCGGGCUUCAUGCGCGCGCUGGACGCCGACGCCGUCGCGCCGAACGGGUGUAUCCGCGUCAAAGACACGCUGCAGGUCGCGUCGGACGACGGGCGGUGGGACACGUUCUUCGCUAUCGGCGAUUGUGCGGACACGACAGCGAUCCGCGCCGGACACAUGUCGUUCGCGAUGGGCAGCGUCGCUGCGCGCAAUAUCGUGCGCCUCAUCGCUGCGAAGGGGAAGGAGGCCACGGCCGAGCUGGAGAAGUAUGUGCCGGAAGAGGCCAAGAUCAAGGUCACGCUGGGUCUGCGACACAACUGCGUCGCGACGCCCAGCAUCGCCACGCCAGGGGAUAACGGCGUCCCGGAUAUCGGCGCCAAGGGCAUGUGGGUGCUCGCCGGUGCCCAGGGCAUGCCGGAUGAUGCGUAGGCGUACUAUAGUAGAACGUUUCAUCCGUGUUCCAUGCACCAUGUUCCAUGUCCCAUGCACCAUGUGCUCCCGA